GGUCUAGGCUGCGGGAAGAUGGCGGCGGCUGUGGCGGCGUCGGCCCUGCCGGUCACCUUCGGGCGGCUGGUGUCUGCAUGCAGCCGCGGUGUCCUGAGAGCGUCGGGGCCCGGAGAGGCUUCCCUGUGGUCUGCUUCUCGAAGGUUCCGUUCGCAGAGCGCUUCAUUUCCACAAGGAUACGUUCCUAAAACGUCACUGAGUUCACCACCUUGGCCAGAAGUUGUUGUGCCGGACCCCGUCGAGGAGGCCAGACACCACGCAGAGGUCGUGGAGAAGGUGAACGAGCUGAUCGCCCGGGGCUGCUACGGCAGGCUCUUCGCCGUGGUGCACUUUGCCAGCCACCAGUGGAAGGUGACCUCUGAAGACCUGAUUUUAAUUGAAAACAAGUUAGAUAUUGCGUGUGGAGAGAGGAUCCGGUUGGAGAAGGUCCUGCUGGUUGGGGCCGACGACUUCACGCUGCUCGGCAGACCCCUCCUCAGAAAGGAUCUUGUUCAAGUAGAAGCCACAGUCAUUGAAAAGACAGAAUCGUGGCCAAAAAUCAAUAUGAGAUUCAAGAAAAGGAAAAACUACAAAAGGAAAAGAAGAGAUGUCUGGGUCUGGCACACAGGAGGUGCCCCAGAAACGCAUUUGGGAUGAACGGUUGAAUCGAGAGAAACUGGAAACAAACGAAAAACAACAAACAACAGAGAAUGCUCGACAGGAAUGAAGGUGCAAACUAUGGAAUAUCAUAACGGAGUUAAGAAAGAGGUGUAUCUAGACCAAGUGAGUUCCAAAACAUACCCUUAAGUUGCGGGGUGGGGGGAUUCCAAACAACCCA